AUGAAUCCCUCGAACAUGGUUUCUAGUUGGGUGGAUCUUGGGCCGUGUCCCUUCUUCCCCACUAACACCGUGAACACGUCAUGCAUCCAUCCAGGUGCACACUUCGUCGGUUCCCAAAUAUCACGAUGUAAAAAACAUGCCGUUGAUGUCAGUUUUCUGACCGUGGAUCUGGCGGCAAAAACUCUUUGCGGAUUUUUAAAGGUCGACAAGGCCAACAAUGACUCAGAGACCUUCGAAAAUGGAGGAGAUGGGAAGGCAGUGACGUCGUUUUUCAAUGGAGAAAUUAUAAGUCGACUGUUUCCUUUUAUCACAGGAAAGUGGGGUGCCUCGGUUGAAACAGACACGAACCACUGGAACGAGCUCAAUGUGAUGGCGCGUUUUCCCAACUACUACAGAGAUAACUUUGACUACUCCCAAUUGGAGAACUUUGAUCACGUGUACAUGCGAUGGAAAGAGAAGUUUAUUUUACCAGAUCCAAACAGAACUUCUGGUAAAAAACCGUCCACUGGCUUCUACUACAUAUGCCUGCAAAAGUUGCAACUCCUGGAGUUGAGGUAUGAUCCCCAGGUGACGUCGACCGCCUUCCAGAUACGCUAG